GAAACGGACCGGAUAUUGUCGUGAUUACUGAGUCUGAGCGCAGUCUGUCGACUCGAAAACAUCUCUUUAAGCGUGUUUAUAAACCUGUUUCCAACGCGGCUGUCCGUCUGAGGUGUGUUAUUAGAUGAAGCCAGUGUUUGUUUACACAAUAAACGGCUGUUUGUCCUUUCUUGUAACGCAGCAUGGCGGACCCGGCCCGUGUGAGGCCCGAAGCGGGGAGACCCGAGCCGGGCGAGGGGUCCUGCAGCAGCACCUCCUCUGAGCCCGCCGCGAAACCCGUGAGUCCGCUUGAUAUUCACAAAGACUUGAAAUCAUUCGAUAGAAAGCUUUCAGUCAUGAUGGAUCUGUCUGUGCUUCAGAGAUCUGCUGCUGCUGCUGAAGAAGAGGAAGAGGAGGGAUCUUCAUCACUUCACCCUUCUCCUGCCAAAAAACUGAAAAUGGAGCAUGACAAGAAAAAGGAGAAGCGGCAAAAAGUUGAUGAAGAUGAAAUACAAAAGAUGCAAGUUUUAGUUUCAUCAUUCUCUGAAGAACAGCUGAACCGCUAUGAGAUGUACAGACGCUCGGCUUUCCCAAAGGCAGCCAUCAAAAGACUGAUUCAGUCCAUCACGGGAUCUUCUGUGUCUCAGAAUGUGGUCAUUGCUAUGUCAGGGAUAUCGAAGGUGUUCACCGGGGAGAUUGUGGAGGAAGCUCUGGAUGUGUGUGAGAAGUGGGGAGAUAAGCCACCUCUGCAGCCCAAACACAUGAGAGAAGCUGUCAGGAGACUGAGGAGCCGAGAGCAAAGUCCCAACACCAAACACAAACACAUCCUCUUCCACUGAGUCCCUCAUAAUAAUAAUAAUUAUCAUCAUUACUUUUACAUUUCUGGUGUGUUUGGAAUGGGCUGGUGUUGUCUUCAGGUCAAGAGGUUUACAGUAGAGGAUGCAGUAUACAUGAUAUCUAGUCCACAGUCUGUCCUCCGGAGCAAGAGUCCAAAUUAAAAAUAACAUCACAACGAUAAAUUCAUGUUAAUGGAGGUAAAUAUUGCACUGGCUGUAACUCAAAUGUCUGGACUAACUGUCUCUUUUCUCACUGCAUAUGUUUUGUAACGUCUGGUUUAUUUUGAAAACUCUGCAGAUACGUUAUGUGUAAUUAUGUUGUGCGCAUGGAAAUAUAAAAUGUAAUCUUUUCACUAUUCUUUGAACGAAUUAAAAAAUUUAAUAUUUUUAACAGAA